UAAAUAAAAUCUGUAAACUGAAGAAAGACCGUGGGCCAUGCCAUUCUAAUCUUGUCCGGCGCUUUUACAAUAUAGACACAGGCGUUUGUGGCGUGUUUCUGUAUGGAGGUUGUUUGGGCAACCAGAACCGUUUCUUUACCGAGGAAGAAUGUCGAACAACGUGUGCAGAAGUUUCAAGCAUUCAAAACACAGGACGCUAA